AGUUGUUCGUUGGGACAACAAUUAUGCAGACAGUAAGAGCCAGACGGAAAUGAACUUUUUGUCAUUUUGCCUUUUGGGCACUGAGUUUGAGAAUUUAAUAGAAGACCCUACCACUGUAGUCGUCGGACUCCCUCCUCUAACUACAUCCACAAUUUCUAUCCAAUCCCCAUCUCCCUCGCGAAGACUUGAACCAUUCAUCCAAAAUUAGAAGUUUGCAGACUGACCCUGCUGGUUUCAAACGGUCAACUUCCAUUGCAAAUUUUGCCUAAAAUGCCGGGAACCAUCUUGGUUUCAGUUCUUGAAUUCAUGGACCUUCCAUUUUCAUCAUCAUCUUCUUCAAUGUCGAUAAAGGUAUCUUUGGGGUCAAGAUCAGAGUACCAAAUUUGGGAGAGUAGAGACUUGUCCUUCCCAUUGACGACUCUUCGGGACAACAUGCUUGUUAUUCUCCAAGAUUCUGAAGGGAAUCAGAUAUCAGAAACAGGACUUACAGGUAUUGAGACUAGGUCCAUAGUUGAAAAGGGUCUUUGGGAUGACUUCUUCCCCCUCAAAGGCGGUGGGUUUCUGCAUAUGAAAUUGCAGUUUUUACUCAAUGAAGAAGAGCGCAAUCAAAUCCGUGUGAUGCGAGAAUCUGCUGUGAAAAAGAAGCAUGGGGAGUUCAUUCAUAGCAGUCCUAUUAGUGUGCAAAGUACUCCUGGUGCCCGGAUCAAUGUUGCAUCAUCUUUGAGUCUUCACAAUGUGAUAUCAGAUAGGAAUGAAGAGACUUCAUCAGACAUCACUGUGCAGCAAAGUGUUAAUUUGUCUCCAACUGAAUUGAGUCGCAGGGAGUUGGUUGAUAACAUCGCUGCCCAACCAUUUCAUACUAAGAUUCCUGCCAAAGCCAUUUGUGCUGAUGAACCUGCAAGGUUAUUAAGAGGCUCACAACCAGUUGUUGAUAACCUUCCUAAGCUUCAGGAAGAAAAGCAUUGCAAACUCGAAAAGCAGCAGAGCCUGCUGAAGAAAACUCCUAGCGUAAAGAACAUGAUAAGUGCCUUUGAAACUGGUUUAGCGGAGGAUGAGAAGCCUCCCAUCAAACCAGCACCAAUGAAAGUUCAAUCAAACAAAACUAUAACAGGCAAUCUUCCAAAAAACCAGGACUUAAAAGAAGACAAGAAAGUCGGUACAGAAACUUCAGAGUCGAUAUCAAAACGAGCAGUGAAUCCUUUACCUCCAGAACAGUUGCAACAUGACACGACAUGUGGUGAAAGCGGUGAAGAAAAUAUUUCACUUGGAGCUUUAGGUGGGACUAAAUCAUCACACGACACAGUUAAAAUUUCAGAGAGGGUACUUCAUGAUCAUAGACACCAACCUAGUAAGAUGCUCCAUGGAAAAAGAGAUUCUGGUGGCAGUCCAGUUAUAGAGGAGACUCAUCAGCUAGAAAUCUCUUCCAGAAAUUCUCAAAUGUCCGACAUUCAAGGACUUGCAGCCCAAAUAUGUACUUCAAUAGCAAACUGCGAAGAUAGGCACAAUCCCUUUCAAAGCUCUAGUGGAUGGAUAUUCCCAGAUGAUGCAAUACAAUUUUGUAUAACAACUAGUGGUAAAAAGGUGAUGGAUUUUCUGGGAAGUUGCAGUAUGAUGAAGCCAAGUAUCCAUCAAGAUAAAAAGAGUUUGUCUUCCUCAAAAAAUGCAGAAGACCAGCAGGAUAACGUGGAUAGCGGUAAUAGUAAAGAAGUGAACAGAAAUGAGAAGAAUCACAGACCAAAAGAACUACAUAAGGUUCAGAAAUCAGAAGAAACAGAGACUUCUGGGGUGGCGGUUGGACAGGCAAUAAAAGUUGCAAUUAUGAUUGGAUUUGGAACACUUGUUCUUCUCACUAGACAAAGGAAAAAUAUGUGAAAUUAGCUUGUGGAUACUUGUUGGUUAUCAUCCAAAUUCGGGUCAGAAGAGUUGGAACCAUUUGUUGAUAAUUCAUAUUAAUUAUCAAUAUUUUUUUUCUAUUCCUUUUUUGAGUUCCAUUUUGAGAUGAAUGAGUGACGCACUUUAUACCCAAUACGAGCAAUCGUACGUACUUAUCAUUUACUUUUCAAUUCAUUAUUUCAUAAUGUACUAAUCUCAUAAUCCAUAAUCAACCCGACGUGUAUCAAUCAGUCAUGUGAAGCAGAAAUAAAGGGUUAAUUACCAAAAUCUCUAGUCGACAGAAUUUAGAGUAGAACUUAUGAUGCUGAUACGCUUUCCACUACCUCUUUUGCGGACAAUUUCGAACCUGGUGAUCCACGAAUGUUGAUGCCCAGUUGACGAGCUCAUAGCUAGUUUUUGCAAGACAAAAAUUCAAGUAAAUUUGGAAUUAUCUGCAUCGUCGUAGGAGAGGGCCUAGCUUACCCAGGUUUGGGCUGACAUACAAAUUGGUGCUGGUGGUGUUAUCAGAGAUCAGCUUGGCAAUUGGAUCACUGGAUUCCUAGUGAAUUUGGGAACUGGGGAAAUCCUUGAUGCUGAAGCUUGGGGCUUACUCUAUGGUCUUAAACUAGCCUGGAACCUCCAUAUCUCUCACCUUGAAGUCGAGUCUGAUUCUGCCAUCCUUGUGCAGCUAAUGCAAAAAUCUGAAUUCUCCCUCCAUCCCCUUGGUUCUCUCCUCAAGGGCUGCUCAAAUAUUAUAGAUGCUAUGGAAAAUGCUCACCUUUCUGACAUCUUCAGAGAGUGCAAUAUGGCUGCUGACUGCUUGGAUAAGGACAACAUCAAUCAU